AUGUCAAUUCCGCCUCCUAAUUUGCCCAGUUUGGGACCACCACCUGGUAUCAUGUUUGUAAAAACACCUGGGGUUCAGCCUGCUAACACAGACGCUGUAGCUGAACUUAAUUCACCACCAAUGUUAACUGGUGCUGGUAGCGUAGUACCAAUGCUAGGAGAGGUGCCUCACCCUCCUCCUGGGCUGCCAAUGCCACAGUAUAAUAUAGGUGAAUUUAUAGGACAACAUGCUUGGCCAGCAAAUAUAAUUGUUUCACCGCUAAAUCAACCACUAGAAGUUUUAAAUUAUCAAACUGGAGGUGCUCCACAGUCCCCUCUUGUAUCAUCUCCUGGUGACAGCCGAGCAGGAUCUCCUCGGGCGCGCCGACGUCUUUCACGGGAACGAUCGCCACCUUUACCAUCUCUACCUAACAGCAUCUCUGAUCCAUUACCCUUGCCACACCUAGCUUCGAAUUUUGAGAAUUUAUCAGUGGCUGAGAUACGACAUAAUAUUGGAGAAGAGAGGUUGCGUGAAAUCAGCGCAGUGCACCAGCAUUACCGAUCGUUAGAAAAAUUAAAUGGAGUAAGGAGAAGAACAGGUGCUUAUAUACCACCGGCACGUUCCUCAUCGGAUAGCGGGUCGAGUGCAGCGUCAUCACCACCGGGCACUCCUGCGCCGCCACCACGCAGGGCCACGCCCUCUGCUCCUACGGUUUCUGGUCCUAAUGCGCCACCACCUGUACCUUAUUUGCCCUAUCCUCGGCCGUUCGCCUAUCCUACGCCACCGCCAGCCUACCGACCGCAACAGCCAACUUUUGCAAACGGUGAACCACCACCAUAUCCUAAUCCGACUCCAUAUGCUGGAUUUGUUCCAGUGAUAUACGCUCCUCCAAAAUUGUCUUGUUGGAAUUGUGGCGGCGCAGGUCACGCGGGUCACGAAUGUAAAGAGCCUAGCAUGGAAGAGAUGACUCGGGCUGGAGGUUAUCAAUUGGACUUUGGCGGUGCUCCACCAGAAACAACAGAAAAG